AAGAAAAUUAGAGGAGCAGAAGAGAGGAGGAAAAUAGAAAGAGAGGAGGAAGAGAAAGAGGAGGAGGAGAAAGAGAGGAGCAGGAAAGAGAGGACAGAAGAAAGAGAGGAG